UUGAGUAAGACUAGUGUUUACUCAGCGCAUGCUAGCUAUUCGAGAGACCAUAGUCAGGAAAUGAAGUAGAACGUGUGUAUAUAUUAGGUCAGUUUAAACUACCGUGUCAGCCAUACGGAAAUCAGCUGGGAAAGAGGCAGUGGAAUUCGGAGUUUAAGGAUCAUUUGUCAAUGGAUCGUCAGGACGCCGCUAAAAUACGUGCUCAUAUGGAUUAUAUCAUCGGAAACCUGGACGUUACAGAUUUUCAGACUGAACUUGUAGGGAAGGGAUUGACACUGGAUUCUAUCAAUGAAAUUGAGGAGUUAGAAUCAGUUCGUGAUAAAAAUGAAAAAUGUCUAGAAUAUUUAAUGCAAUCUGAAAAUAGUUCAUAUCAGACGCUUAUUGACCUCCUAAGAAAAAAUCAUUAUUUUAAAGUUGUGAACAAACUCGAAAGUGGUCUGCCGCCUGAAACAGCAUCAAAUAAGGAAGAACUUUGCAAACCAUGUAUCCAUGUACCUGAAAACAAACGGAACAUAUGCCUUCGAGAAGUGGACUUGGUGCAUCUGUCUGGUACAGUUUCUCCAAAGGGAAAGUUAGCGUGGUCCACAUGUUUAGGUAUAUCUCAAUACGAUGUGGAACACAUAGAAAUGGACAAUCAUCACAGUCCUACACAAAUGAUGAAAAUUCUGUUACAUUGGAGGAAUAUACAUGGAAAGGGUGCGACGUUAGGUGUGUUAAUGGAUAAGUACAAUGAAGCUCUAGACAAUGGUGUUAACAUUAAUAUAGAAGAAUUGGACAAGCUCAUCGCUGACAUAAAGGGAUGACAGCGAUGCGCAGAAGAUGCUGAUCAUUCUAAAAUGGCCGAGAGCCGUUUCGCGGUUUUUACCUAUAUUUUGCUUUUACACUCAUCUUUUGUAACAAAUAAAAAUAAAGCAAUCUAUGAACAAACCACAGUAUUUCCAUGACAACCGU